GGGCAGGGAGCUUUUCCCCGGGCAGGGAGUUUGUUUGCCGGAGCGGAACUUGGUGUCGUCGUGGAGGAGUCCCUUCAGCCCGGACCUGGAGCGGUGACAGCGGGCUCCGACCGGAGCAGUCACCGAUCCAACACACCGACCCUGUGUGGCGGAGUGAAUGAGGCUAACACGGACCUAGCGCCACACCGAGCCGAGCCAGACCGUGCCAUGCCCGUCCGAAAGAAAGAUGCCCAGCGAGCGCUGCUGCUGCUGGAGGAGUACCGGGCCAAGCUGAACCACACGGAGGAUCGGCAGCUCCGACACUCCAUCCAGAGGGUCAUCGACAUCUUCCAGAGCAACCUGUUCCAGGCUCUCAUAGAUAUCCAGGAGUUUUACGAAGUGACCUUAUUGGACAGUCAGCGAUGGGCGGAGUCUUCCAAGGGGGCGGACCCCAUGGCGCCCGUCAACCUGUGGGACUUCUCCAGCCUUCAAAGCACAACAGUGACCUCGGACACUCUGCCCAGCCUUAGUACCAGCAUCGAGAAGUACAGGCACCACGAUGAGGACUUGUCCCCCCAGGACCAGAGCUCCCCCCAGCUGACGGAGGAGGGGGGGCCCGAGCUGGUCCAGGUAGCAGAGAAGAACCUUUCCCAGAUCGAGAAUGUGCACGGCUACGUCACCCACGCUCACAUCUCACCGAUGAAGCAGGCCGAGGCCGCCCCGCCUUCCUCCUCCAUAAUCCCUGUGAUCCCAAUCUCGCCAAUCCCAGCCGAGACCACCAUCAUCCCUCCGACGUCACAGGCCAAUCCUCCGCCUGUGGUGGUGAACACGGACAGCCAGGACACGCCUCCAUACGUGAACGGGACGGAGGCCGACUACGAGUACGAGGAGAUCACGCUGGAGAGGGGGAACUCGGGGCUGGGCUUCAGCAUCGCUGGCGGCACAGACAACCCCCACAUCGGAGAAGACCCCAGCAUCUUCAUCACCAAGGUCAUACCUGGAGGGGCCGCCGCCCAGGAUGGACGGCUCAGGGUUAAUGACGUCAUCCUGAGAGUUAACGAGGCGGAUGUUCGAGAUGUGACCCACAGCCGAGCAGUGGAGGCCCUGAAGGAGGCUGGUUCUCUGGUCCGACUCUACGUCCGCCGGAGGAAGCCGGUCUCUGAGAAGGUGAUGGAGCUCAAACUGGUGAAAGGACCCAAAGGUCUCGGCUUCAGCAUAGCAGGCGGAGUGGGGAACCAGCACAUCCCGGGCGACAACAGCAUCUACGUCACCAAGAUCAUCGAAGGUGGAGCCGCACAUAAAGACGGGCGGCUGCAGAUCGGAGACAAACUACUGGCUGUGAACAGCGCCUGCCUGGAGGAGGUGACCCACGAACACGCCGUCACUGCCUUGAAAAACACUCCUGACGUGGUCUACUUGAAAGUGGCUAAACCAAACAGUGUCUUCAUGAACGACAGCUUCGCCCCCCCCGACCUCACCAACUCGUACUCGCAGCACAUGGACAACCAUAUCAGCCCCCCCACCUUCCUCGGCCAGACGCUGCCCCCCCCUUCUGGACGCUACUCCCCGACCCCCAAGAGCAUGCUGGGAGACGAUGAUGUCACACGGGAGCCGAGGAAGGUGGUGCUGCACCGCGGAGCCACGGGCCUGGGCUUCAACAUCGUGGGGGGGGAGGAUGGAGAGGGGAUCUUCAUCUCCUUCAUCCUGGCAGGGGGACCAGCCGACCUCUGUGGAGAGCUGAGGAAGGGAGACCGACUUGUCUCAGUGAACGGAGUGGACCUCCGUAACGCCACCCACGAGCAGGCCGCCGCCGCCCUGAAGAACGCAGGACAGACGGUGACCAUCAUCGCCCACUACAGACCAGAGGAGUACAGUCGCUUUGAGGCAAAGAUCCACGACCUGCGGGAGCAGAUGAUGAACAGCAGCAUCAGUUCUGGAUCUGGAUCUCUGAGGACCAGUCAGAAGAGGUCGCUGUACGUCAGAGCUCUGUUUGACUACGAUAAGACCAGAGACUCCGGGCUGCCCAGUCAGGGACUCAACUUCAAGUUCGGAGACAUCCUUCACGUGGUCAACGCCUCCGACGACGAGUGGUGGCAGGCCCGGCAGCUGACGGCCCAGGGGGAGGUGGAGGAGGUGGGAGUCAUCCCCAGCAAAAGACGCGUUGAGAAGAAGGAGCGAGCGAGACUAAAGACGGUGAAGUUCAACGCCAAGUCUCGAGAGCGGGGGCAGUCUCUCAAUGACAAGCGUAAAAAGAACCUCUUUUCCCGAAAGUUUCCGUUCUACAAGAGCAAAGAGGCGAGUGAGCAGGAGACCAGCGAUGUCGACCAACAUGUGACGUCUAACGCCAGCGAUAGUGAGAGUAGCUACCCAGGAGGACAGGAGGAUUACGUGUUGUCGUACGAACCCGUCGUUCAACAGGAAGUGAGCUACACCCGACCCGUCAUCAUCCUCGGCCCCAUGAAGGAUCGGAUCAACGACGACCUCAUCUCCGAGUUCCCAGACAAAUUUGGAUCCUGCGUCCCGCAUACGACCCGGCCGAAGCGGGACUACGAGGUGGACGGCAGAGAUUACCACUUCGUGGUGUCCAGAGAGCAGAUGGAGAAAGACAUCCAGGACCACAAGUUCAUCGAGGCCGGCCAGUACAACAGCCACCUGUACGGAACCAGCGUGCAGUCGGUGCGGGAGGUGUCGGAGAAGGGUAAACACUGUAUCCUGGACGUGUCGGGGAACGCCAUCAAGAGACUCCAGCUCGCUCAGCUUCACCCCAUCGCCAUCUUCAUCAAACCCAAAUCAGUGGAGAACAUCAUGGAGAUGAACAAGCGUCUGACGGAGGAGCAGGGACGCAAGACCUUCGACAGAGCCACCAAGCUGGAGCAGGAGUUCACCGAGCAUUUCACAGCGGUCGUGCAGGGCGACACUCUGGAGGAGAUCUACGAUCAGGGGAAGCAGAUCAUUGAGGAGCAGUCUGGUCCGUUCAUCUGGGUUCAGUCCAAGGAGAAGUUGUGAAGAUAGUACUCUCCUCCUCUUCCUCCUCUUCGUUCCAUUCUGUUGUUUUAUUUUGAAAAGGACAGAAUCCCCCCACCCCCCACAAUCCCCCCCAUGCCUGAAUCGGAUUUCGUGGUUAAGUCUCCUGACCAGCAGAGUAAAGCACACAGGAAGUGACAUCACACUCAACACGGUACGUGGAGGAGACGAAGACGAGAAGACGAAGCAGAUUGGAUCUUUUCUUUCUUUGUGUUUUUUUUCCCUUUUCUCUCGAUGGACAGAGUUCAGUCUCCGGCUGAGAAACAAAAAGCAAAACUUUGCACGUUCGAGCUUUAACAGCAUGUUGAUCUCCCGUUUAUUUCCCAUCAGCCCCGUCACCUCGGCGCCGGACACAGUCUCCUCCUCCUCGCAUCUUUUUCCCUUUUCUUUUUUACACCCGAUUCAAGAUGAGUUCCACUUUCCGCUCCUCUCGGCUGCUGGAGGUUUGUCAGGACGCUGCAGGCUCCUGCUCCGCCGCCAGGGGGCGCUACCUUCUUAUUCCAACAAGACUGAUUUCAUUCAUAAAGACUGAUCAUAAAACCAAUAUAAGUUCUUGUGAUUUCUCAUAAUUAAUUAUCGAAAAUUAAAGAAAAAAAUAAAUGAAAACCGUCUGGGAAUUAAAAAAAUAAUUCAGAAUCAAACAAGAAAAAUCACGACAAUUUUCUCAUGAUUCAAAUCAUUAAAAGAAUAAUUUUAUAAUGCAAUAUAAACAUCAGAUUUUAAAUCUUUUACAAACUCACAGAAAACGAUUAAAUUAAUAUAUAUUUUUUAUAGUGAAGUCGAUGAACAAAUGAUUUAGAUUUAAAUCAAAUUUUCAUUAUUUUGAAACUUUUCAGCCUCAUUUCAACUAAAAGAUUUUUUAUUUCAGUGUCGUCUCAUUUCAAUAGCAGCGCCCUCUGGUGGAGGGAGUUCGAACCCUGGGGCGCCCGGUCAGUGUCUUACCAUGAGAACGCUGUCGAUCAUGUGAUGUGUGGGCGGGGCCUGGAGACGAGCUGCCACUCCAGGUGUGGGAGAAACGUGCAGACGAUUAUUGUACAAUGAGAUUUUCAGAUAUUUAACCCUCGGUAAACUGCCUAUUUUGUUAUAAUAAAAAUCUAUAUUGAACUUUACUUAAGCACUACUACUACGGGAAUUAUUUUCUUUGCAUUGUUAAUCAUAUGAAUAGAAAAGUAUAAAGAUAUUUGAAUAUGAAUAUAUAUUUUUCUUUGUCUUCGAUCACCACCUCCUCUGUCUUUUAAUUUUCUUUUUUAAACAUAAUAAAACUUAACAAGAAAACAAA